CACCAGGGUUCAGGAACGAAGGUCGUCUCCUCCACGAUCCAAAUCCUGCCGGAUCAACCAAGGGUCCUUUCCAUUCCGAUCCUUUCCAUGGACCGCUUCCUAAGAAUGGAUUAAUACCACACUUGGACUUUAACUGACACUGACCGGGCGUGAAGCUGCUUCAUCCUUACGGAUCAUUUGCUUCGUCACCACUUCCCCUCACCCCCCUUUUUGACUUUGGAAAUUAUCAUUGUCUGGUUCGGUCGCACUUAUAGCACAUACCGCCCUGAGAUUAGCUAGCUGGACGCAGCUAGUCUCUGACAACUGACCAAUCCGGAAGGGUUCACUAUUACCCCGCGUCAUCGCCCGCCCGGGAUGACUUCAGUAUCAGGUCCUGCUAAAAUGCCGAACACACAGUCGAAUCAAACCCUGUGUGUGCAAAAACAUGUGGAUUAUAUCAAGAAUUUGGACAGCAGGAGGGAGGAGCUGGAGUACUGGCUCACCGAGCAUCUUCGGUUAAAUGGGCUCUACUGGGGGUUAACCGCCCUGCAUCUGCUGGAUUGUCCCGAAGGACUUCCUCGGGACGCCACCGUCGACUUUGUGCUCUCGUGCCAACACGAAAGCGGUGGCUUUGGGGCGGCCCCCGGCCACGAUGCGCACAUGCUAUACACGGUGUCCGCCGUGCAAGUCCUCGUAACGCUCGAUGCGGUAGAUGAACUAGACAAGCGUGGACGGGCAAACAAGCAGAAAGUGGCCUCUUAUAUCGCAGGGCUACAAGAUGGCGAGACGGGAUCGUUCAUGGGGGACGAAUGGGGCGAGAAGGACACCCGCUUCUUGUACGGUGCCUUGAAUGCCUUGUCUCUCCUGGGCCUUCUUGACACCGUCGACGUCCCCCGGGCGGUUGCCUAUGUCCAGCAGUGUGAGAACCUGGAUGGAGGCUAUGGCAUUUGCCCCGGCGCCGAAUCCCAUGCGGGACAAGUGUUUACCUGUGUGGGUGCCUUGGCCAUCGCCCAGCGACUGGACUUGGUCAACAAGGACCGGUUAGGUGGCUGGCUCAGUGAGCGGCAGGUGGAGGAAGGGGGCUUCAACGGGCGUCCUGAGAAGCUCCCGGAUGCAUGUUACAGCUGGUGGGUUGGGGCGAGCUUGGCGAUGAUCGAUCGACUCCACUGGAUCGAUGGGAGCAAGCUCGCCGCCUUUAUCCUGCGUUGUCAGGACCCCGAGAAUGGCGGGUUCGGGGACAGGCCUGGAAAUGUGGUUGAUGUGUUCCAUACACAUUUUUCCGUUGCUGGUCUCAGCCUCUUGGGGUUUGAUGGCAUCAAGGAGGUGGAUCCUGUCUAUUGUAUGCCAAAGUCAAUAACAGCAAAGUAUCUAUCCAGGUAGAAAUGUUCCUGGGUGAAACACCUAUUUGUGUUCGCAACCGUAGUGACCACUCCUGCAAUCUAAUAACCUUUAGUUCUCCUUCCAUGGACUAUGGGAUACAAUGCGGGAGAAGAGCAAUUGGCACUGUGACUUAUUUCCGCUUCAUACCCCCUCACAAUGGCCUGUUUAGUGGCUGUUAAGACACAGUGGCACAUCAUUCAAGAUAGCAUGAAUGUAUAUAGUGAGCUUGAAUUCAUUUAUGAUAAUAUUAGCUAUUAUUCCUGC